CACCAACGGUCACCACAGUUCUGACCUUGACCAUGAAACGGGUGCAGGGCGGCGCAGACAGCGCAGCAGAGGGACCUGCUUUGAAGAAGACGAAAAUAGCAGGGAUGAACGAAGUCGACGACGGUAGUAAUGGCUGGACGAAAAUCGAGAAACGGAAGAAGAAGAAACAGGUCAAAAACGAGGCCAAAUUGGAUACGGCGCAGCCGAGGUUUAUGUAUUCGAACCAUGAAAUUCUGAGGAGGAACUAUGCUAUUGGCAUCGAGGACGUGAGGGAUCUGGCUCUCCAUCUCGUCGCCGACGCCCCGCCUCCAGGAUGGCUUCGCGUAGAGAAUGGCCAACUCGUACAGAGGGUUGUAGUCCUCAUGGUCCCAGGACUGACCAACGACCUGCUCGGUAUGCCCCCAAUCCCGACCAACGCGACCACCAACCCCAAUUUACCGCUCGCCAUUCCUUUGUUGUCGUCUGAGAGCUCUGCGAACGCCGCUGCUAUCCCGUUCAUUGCGACUACGUUCAGCCACGCGUGUCCUACUCGCGCGCCGGGGGACCAGACUAGGAUGCACAGUGUUAUGAGCACCUUUUUUAAUAGUACGGUUACGCAGGAGGAGAAGAGGCGGAGGAUGAAUCAGAGGUUGAAAUCAGAACGACCAAAGGACGAUCCGACGCAGUAUUUGUUGUCGUUGGAGCAGAUGAUUGAGAAUGAGUACCCGAUUCCGUCGUAUAUGGCGGAUGUGUUUGAGAAGCCGAGUGGGUGGUUGGAGACGCCGCAGCCUGCGAACCCGCCUGUUCCUGGGUCGAAGCAGAGGAUUUAUGCCAUUGAUUGUGAAAUGUGUAUGACGGAAGAUGGGAAGGAGUUGACUCGGGUCUGUCUCAUUGACUACCACUCUGGCUGCGUGGUGUACGACCAGCUGGUGAAGCCCUCCAAGCCAAUCACGGACUAUCUCACUAGAUUUUCUGGAAUUACCGCUGAACAGUUGUCCUCUGUGACCACCACGCUCGCCGACGUCCAAGCUCACAUCAUCAAACUGCUUUCUCCUCCCGCCACCAACCCUUUUUCGAUGCAACCGUCAACGGAGCCGCCGCCGCCUACGCCCAUCCUCUUGGGGCAUUCCUUGGAAUCCGACUUGAAGGCUCUGAAGAUCUGCCACCCCUACUGCCUCGACACGGCUCUGAUGUACCACCACCCGCGCGGCCGGCCACUCAAACCCGGUCUCGCCUGGCUCACCAAGAAAUGGUGCGGCCGCGAAAUCCAAACGCGGGGUGAAGGAGGGCACGACCCCGAAGAAGACGCACGCGCCUGUCUCGACCUGCUCCGACGCAAACUCGAAGAAGGGCCUGGUUUUGGCGAGUACAAAACCGACCAGGAGUCCAUCUUUGAGAGGAUGUCGCGGGCAAACCGGAGGGCUGGUGGUGGGCCUGGCACGAUCCGGUCUGCUGUUGUGGAUUUUGGGAAUCCGGCGCAGAUGCAUGGGAGUAAAGCCACGACUGCGUUGGCGUGUAAGAGUGAUGAAGAGGUUGUGCAGAAUUUGCUUGGUGCUGUUCCGUCGCAUGAUUUUGUGUUUGGGAGGUUGAUGGGUUUGGCUGAUCAAUUGGGAUGGAUAACGCAGCGUGCUACCGCCGAUUCGCCUACUCCUCCUACUCCCAACCCACCAGCAACCCCGGAGCAGAUUACGGCCACGCUCAAAACGCUCAACACCCAUCUACAGACUAUCCAUUCUUCUCUCCCUCCUCGCACCGCGUUCCUUUUGUUCACGGGACACUCUGACCCACGCCGGAUGACGCAGUUAAACGCUCGGAAAUCGGCCUUUGAUACUGCGCUGAGGUCGGGGAAGAAUCCUGAUGAGCUGCCUGAUGAUAUGAGGUGGACGAGUGCUGAUUCGAGAGAUUUGGAGGAGGCGGUUGAGUUGACGAAGAGGGGGUUGUUGUUUUUGGGUGUGAAGACGUGAUUGGCCUGCGUCUUAAGUCUUUGUCUCUUUACUUGAUGUCUACCUUUUUUUUAUGUUGCAUCUUCCCUGUGUUACACCCUCGCUCGCUCGCUCGCUCGCUCUCUUCCCCCUUUCUUCCUA